UAUGGGGUGAUGUAAAAGGAGGACAUAUUUGGACCCAGAGAUUGGUUGAAAAUUACCAUCAAAAUAAUGGGUUUUAAAACAAAAAAUGAAACAUGCAUCCAAUCACAUUCGUCGGAGAAGCUUCAUCAAUCUGUGCCAACCUGUCAAUAAAUUCACGGCCACAGCUUGGAAGCAAAACACAUUUCCAAUUCGUACGUACUUGUAGUUUCCAUGGUAACAGUCCUUAGAAACCAGAGAUUGCUCUGGACUGCAGCAUCGGAUGGAAAAAAAAAGCUUGUUUAACAUUGAGACCGCAAUGUAUGUUUGUGUAUUGAGUGGACUGAUUGAUUAGCUCUCCGAGUUAACAUCUGGCUUUGCAUUUUUUUGCGAGGUGGACGGGUUUCUGGUCAGAGUUUGAUGCAACCUGUCGGGCCUGAGAAUUUCUGAUUCCCUCAACCAUCAAUGUCAAAUGCUGCAGUACCGAGCCCGAAUGCCAAAGUGUCGUCUCAUGGAGGUUUAGAACAUCACCGAUCACAAUCAAAAUGUGAGCCUGUGAUCAAAAUCAGGCCAAGUGGAACCACAAUUAAUCCAUCCAAACACUUUCUGAAAUUGCCAUUUGUACAACUAAACGCUACCUGAAUGGAUACCCAACCGUAUUUUAUAAAAUAAAAGCUCCUUUUCAAAAUGAACUCAAGUCUGGAAUGUAUUUUCCCUGUGCUCACCGACUGCUCUCCAGGCAAGAAUCAAACGCAAGUGCAAACAGCCAUCCACAGGGCCACACUGGCCACCUGCACCCUUUUGCUUAUCCUGGUAUUCUGCCUUGGCUCCUACGGGAAUCUAAUUGUCUUCUCGUCCUUCUUCAAUCCAUCUUACAGAAAAUUCCGGACCCAUUUUGACUUCAUGAUUCUGAACCUGUCGUUCUGUGACCUCUUCAUCUGCCUCGUGACCGCCCCCAUGUUUGGCUUUGUGAUGUUCUCCAACGAUGGGAGCAGCAUGUCGGACACUUUCUGCUUCACCUUCCACCUCACCAGCACAGGGUUUGUGAUCAUGUCCUUGAAAACGGUGGCGGUUAUUGCUGUCCACCGCCUGCGUAUGGUGCUGGGACAACAGACGAACCACUGCUCCUCCUUCCCCUGCAGACUCUUUUUUACCAUCAUCUUGUGGGUCAUUAGUUUCACCUUGGCCACCUUGUCGGCCAUGACCAAGUACCACAGCUCCAAGAUCUGCGUGCCACUGCUGGGGCUGAUCAACGAAGACGGCAAGGCCAUCCUGUACACAUACGUUGUGGACUUCACCCUCUGUGUGGGCAUCGUGGCCGUGUCCUAUGCAAUGAUCGCACAAACUCUUCACAAGAAUGCACAGAUACACCGGUGCCCCGUAAUUACCGUGGUCGACCCCAAAAACCUUGACUCCUUUCUCCCUCCUGAAGGCCCAGGGCCAUCUUUAUACAGAAAACAGAAAUCCAACAAAGCACCCCAUGUCCAGAUACAUCUGCACGCCCCCAUCCAAAGUAAAAACGCUGUUACUUCCAAUAAAAAGCUUGAGCAAACUGUGAAUCUUUCCGCUGUUAAGGAUUCCAAAGCUGUCGUGACUUGUAUUAUGAUACUACUAUCAGUGGUCUGCUGUCUACCACUGGGUAUAGCACUGGUGCAUGAUGUCUUAUCUUCAGAAAACAGUUUUAUCCUCUAUCAGUUUGAGCUGUGUGGAUUAACCUUGGUGUUUUUUAGAUCAGGCCUCAACCCGUUUAUCUAUUCACGAAACAAAUCUGGCCUGCGUAAGAAGGUGGCUUGGUGUGCGCACCUCGUGGCCCUGCUGCUGUGCUGCAAGCAGAAAACGAGGCUGAAAGCAGUGGGAGAUGGCAGCCUGGUUGCGAACAGGAACAAGUCUUCUCACCACGACACCAACUCGGCGUAUAUCCUCUCUCCCAAACCGCAGAAAAAGCUCGUUGACCAGGCCUGUGGUCCGAGUCAUUCAAAGGAUGUCUUUGCCUCCGUCGAGCCUCAACAAAGAGUACAAAGCUCCUCGACACCUAUCAACACUAGGACAGAGCCCUACUACAGUAUCUACAAUACCAGUGCCCUCCAAGAGAACAGCACUCCAACACGCCUGCAGCCCAAGAGGCAAAACUUAGGGUCAGCUCAGUCCUACACUGGAAUGUACUACCACAUCUCAAAGACAUCAGAUUUCAUGCAGGACUAUGACAGCACCUCUGCCAAACGUAUUCCUAUUCCAUCUGUCUAAACCUGCCACCUGUCUAUGUGAAGAGUAAAACAGGAAUGGACAGAAUUCCAGUGGCAAGAAUGUUUUUGCUAGAAAGCAGGCCUCUCUAUUAACAAUUGUCAGCAAUAUAAAGUAUGUUUCCUUUAUUGUAGUCAUGACAGAGAAUAAAAUAACAGAACACACAAUGAACACAGUUUAACAUUCACCACAGUGAGUCUACCAGUCACAUCCUCACUGUGAUGGAAGGCAAGAGUCUUAAAGUCCUUAUUUCUUCCUUCCUUGUUCUCCCUCUGCAUUGAAGCGAUCCAGGCUUUCAAUGUUGGGCCCCCGCCGGGUGAUGGUAAGUCCCGCGGCCGAAUCCGAGCUCCGCGAACGGGCCGGUUCAAACUCCGCGGCCCAGGGCGGACGAAGCUGCCACCCUCCAGUCCAGCGGACAAAGCUGUUGUUGCGGGAGCUCCGGUGAAUCGGUCACCAACCUGGGACCUGUGAGCUCCCGAUGUUGUCGUCCACUGAAGCCUCCGAGGCUCCGGUAGCGCCACCUCAGCCCUAAAGUCGGCCAGCUUCGCGAUGGUGUGUCCUGGCGCUGCCUCUGGAGCCUCGAGGUCGGUCCCAGUUGGGGGCCACCAGCUCCGUGAUUAGGCCUCAGCGCAGACUGAGAUACAUAGAAACAUAGAAAUUAGGUGCAGGAGUAGGCCAUUCGGCCCUUCGAACCUGCACCGCCAUUCAAUAUGAUCAUGGCUGAUCAUCCAACUCAGUAUCCCGUACCUGCCUUCUCUCCAUACCCCCUGAUCCCCUUAGCCACAAGGGCCACAUCUAACUCCCUCUUAAAUAUAGCCAAUGAACUGGCCUCAACUACCCUCUGGCAGCAACAAACAAAGAUACAACAAACAUACAACAAAGAAAAGGGUCGCACCCCCCCCCCCCCCCCCCGAAGGAAGCGACUAAAAACAAGUUACCCCCACCCCCCCACACACACACAACUAAAAAUAAACUAAAACAUACGUCCAACAGGGCAAAAGAAAACACCAAAAAAGGAAAAGACAGACGGACUGCAGGCGAGCCGCAGCUGCAUGGCAGCGCCACCACUUAAAAGUACUGCUGAUGAUAGGGCACUGUACUGUUAAAUGUAAAACUAAUGAACAUUGGUUAUUAUCUAACAAUCCAUAAAACUCUGGUCCAGCAUGGCUUUUGUAUGUUCCCAACCAGAUGACAUGGAUAUAUGCUGCAAAUUGUAUGAAUGUUCUCCCAAAUUGUGAAAAGCCACAGGACAUUAUUGGUGUCAGAGCGGUUGAUAUAACAUUAAACAGGUUUCUGGAACAGGUGGAAACCAUGUCCAACUCCGCGUAAAUGAGUCUCUAAUAUGAUUUUCAGUGGCGACGGACAUUAGCUAAACGAUUAAACUGGGAUUGCUCUCCUUGGCAGAUAACAUUUGAAAGGAGAUUUAA